AAGCGCGACCUUUGACCCGCGGCGGGGCUCCGUGGGAGUCGGCGGGCGGAAGUGCGGGCUGCGGGUGGCCAUGGAGGAGCGUGUUCACGACGGGGUGGCCUCGCCGGCCGCUCCUGGGACCGGGAAAUCCAAGCUGGAAACAUUGCCCAAGGAAGAUCUUAUCAAGUUUGCCAAGAAGCAGAUGAUGCUAAUACAGAAAGCUAAAUCGAGAUGUACAGAAUUGGAGAAAGAAAUUGAAGAAUUGAGAUCGAAACCUGUUGCUGGAGGAACUGAUGAUAUUAUUAAGGCAUUGACCAUACGUCUAGAUGCUAUUCUUUUGGAAAAAGCAGAGACUGAGCAACGGUGUGUUUCUUUGAAGAAGGAAAAUAUUAAAAUGAAGCAAGAGGUUGAGGAUUCUGCAACUAAGUUGGAAGAUGUGCACGAGGAGUUUGAACAAUCACAAAGAAACUAUGUGAAAGAAAUGGAAAAUUUGAAAAAUGAAUUAAUGGCAGUACAUUCCAAAUACAGUAACGAUAAAGCUGGUUGGCAAAAGGAACUGGAAGAAGCAGCAAAAAAACAAUUAGAGCUUUCAGAACAAAUCAAAUUUCAGAGUGAUUCUGAAGAUAAUGUUAAAAAACUACAGGAAGAGAUUCAAAAAAUUAAGCCAGCCUUUGAGGAGCAGAUUUUAUGUCUGCAAAAGCAGUUAGAAGUUGCCACAAAUGAAAAGGAGCGAGAAAUUACUCAUCUCCAAGGAGUCAUUGAGGCUAAUUCUCAGCAGUACCAAAAAGAAAUUAAUAGUUUGCGAGAAGAACUUUUACAGUUGAAAUCUACACACCAAGAAGAGGUGAAAGAAUUGAAGUGCCAAAUUGAAGCAUCUGCUAAAGAACACGAAGCAGAAGUAAAUCAUUUAAACCAGCUAAAGGAGAACUUAGUCAGCCAGUGUGAGCCAAGUGAGAAGAACCUUCAGGAGAAAUAUGAAUGUGAAUUAGAAAACGCAAACCAGGAAAAUCAAAUGUGUUCUUUGCUCUUACAGGAAGAUACUCUUGUAGAACAAGCAGUAAAUGAAAAAGUCAAACAAUUAGAAGAUACCCUAAAAGAACUGAAGUCUCAACAUAGCAUCUUAAAAGACGAGUUAACUUACAUGAAUAAUCUUAAAUUAAAACUUGAAAUUGAUGCCCAGCAUACAAAGGAUGAGUUUUUUCACGAACGGGAAGAUUUAGAGUUUAAAAUUAAUGAAUUAUUACUAGCUAAAGAAGAACAGGGGUGUGUAAUUGAAAAACUAAAAUCUGAGCUAGAAGAUUCAAAUAAACAAUUUUGCUGUACCAUAGAACAACAUAACAAAGAAGUACAGAGUCUUAAGGAACAACAUCAAAAAGAAAUAUCAGAACUAAGUGAGGCAUUAUUGUCAGGUUCAGAAAAAGAAAAAUUAACAUUGAUGUUUGAAAUACAGGGUCUUAAGGAACAAUGUGAAAACCUACAAAAAGAAAAGCAAGAAGCAAUUUUAAAUUAUGAGAGUUUACGAGAGAUUAUGGAAAUUUUACAAACAGAGUUGGGGGAAUCUGCUGGAAAAAUAAGUCAAGAGUUUGAAUCAAUGAAGCAACAACAAGCAUCUGAUGUUAAUGAACUUCAGCAGAAGCUCAGAACUGCAUUUAAUGAAAAAGAUGCUCUUCUUGAAACCGUGAAUCGUCUCCAGAGAGAAAAUGAAAAGUUAUUAACACAGCAACAAAUUGUACCAGAACUUGAAAAUACCAUAAAGAACCUUCAAGAAAAGAAUGAAGUAUAUUUAGUUAGUCUCAGUCAGAGAGAUACCAUGUUACAAGAAUUUGAAGCAAAGAUAAGUUCUCUUACUGAGGAAAAAGAUGAUCUCAUAAGUAAAAUUAAAAGUUCUCAUGAAGAGGUGGAGACUGUCUAUCACAGACGUGAACGGGGAGAAGGGAUUAUUGUAGGACCCAGGGAGAAAGUGGAGCAGACUACCCAGUACAACAGUGAGCUAGAACAGAAGGUAAAUGAAUUAACAGCACAACUAGAAGAAACCUUAAAAGAAAAGGAUCAAAGUGACGAAAAACUGGAAAAGCUUAUGGCUCAGUUGAAAACUCUCUCUGAAGACCAGGAAGCAGUGUCGUCUGAAGUGAAGUCUCUUCAUGAAGAAAAUAGUAGACUGAGUUCAGAAAAGAACCAGUUGAGCAGGGAUUUGGAAGCUCUCCUGUCUCAAAAAGAAGGAGAUUUUAUGCUGAAGGAGCAGAUUUCUGAAUUAGAAAAGAAACUUCAGUUAACAGUUGAAGAAAAAGAUAAUUUAAAUAAACUCUUGGGAAAUGAGCAAGUUCAGAAAUUAUUUGUCAGAGCUCAGUUGUGUGGUUUUCUUGAACAAAUGGAGUCAAAAGUUUCAGAAGAAAGUGAAGAACAAGAUGUUGUAAGUGUCCUACAAGCUGUAGGUGAAUCCUUAGCUAAAAUAAAUGAAGAAAAGCACAACUUGGUCUUCCAGUAUGGUAAAAGGGUAGCAGAGUUAGAAAAAGAGAUUAAGUUCCUCCAAGAAGAGAAUGUGAUUGAAUGUGAGAAACUUAGGUCUUUACUAAGAGACCAUGAGGUAGAGAAAGCUCUCUUAAGGAAAGAGUUAGAAGAAACCCUCUUGGAAAAAGAGGCCCUGCAGUCUGAUCUUCUAGAAAUGAAGAAUGCUAAUGAACAAACAAGGCUUGAAAAUCAGAAUCUCCUAGUUCAAAUUGAAGAAUUAUCUCAAAAAUUAUGUAGCAAAAAUGAAAACCAUAAUGAAAAAGAAAAAUAUUUUAUAAAGGAGCUUGAAAACCUAAGGCCAUUACUAGAACAAAAAGAAUCAGAAUUGCAAGAUGUGAGAGCAGAGUUGAGAUCAUUAAAGGAUUCCUUAGAGAAAUCACCUUCUGUAGAAAGUGAUCAACCUUCAGUAAAAGAGUUUGAAGAAAAAAUAGCAUAUCUGGAAGAAGACUGCAAAGACAAAGAGGAGAAAAUAGAGAAGUUAAAGCUAGUUGCUUUGAAGGCAAAGAAAGAACUAGGUUCUAGCAGAAAAGAGGCCCAGACACUACGGGAAGAACUUGAAUCUGUUCGUUCAGAAAGGGAUCAGGUGUCUACUUCCAUGAGAGAUCUCAUUCAAGGAGCAGAAGGCUAUAAGAAUCUUGUAUUGGAAUAUGAUAAGCAGUCAGAGCAGUUGGACCUGGAGAAAGAACGGGCUAAUAAUUUUGAGCACCAAGUAGAAGACCUUACAAGACAAUUAAGGAAUCUGGCUUUUCAGUGUGAAAAAUUAAACUCAGAUAAUGAAGACCUCCUGGCCCGUAUUGAGACACUGCAGUCUAACACCCGGUUAUUAGAAGUGCAGAUUUUGGAAGUCCACAAAGCCAAGGCCGUGGCAGACAAAGAGUUGGAAGCUGAAAAGCUUCAGAAAGAGCAGAAAAUAAAGGAGCAUGCCAGUUCUGUAAACGAACUUGAAGAGCUUCAGCUACAACUGCAAAAGGAAAAGAAACAGCUUCAGAAAACCAUGCAAGAAUUAGAGCUGGUUAGAAAGGAUGCCCAACAAACCACAUUGAUGAACAUGGAAAUUGCUGAUUACGAACGUUUGAUGAAAGAAUUAAAUCAAAAGUUAGCUAAUAAGAACAGCAAGAUAGAAGAUUUGGAACAAGAAAUAAAAAUCCAAAAACAGAAACAAGAAACCCUGCAGGAAGAAAUGACUUCGCUGCAGGCUUCAGUACAACAGUAUGAGGAAAAAAACACCCAAAUCAAGCAGUUGCUUGUGAAAACCAAAAAAGAACUGGCAGAUUCAAAGCAAGCGGAAACUGAUCACUUAAUACUUCAGGCGUCUUUAAAGGGCGAGCUGGAGGCAAGCCAGCAGCAAGUAGAAGUGUAUAAAAUUCAGCUGGCGGAAAUGACGUCGGAGAAGCACAAAGCUCACCAGCACCUGAAGGCGUCCGCGGACCAGCAGCAGCGCACGCUGGGCGCCUACCAGCAGAGGGUGGCGGCCCUGCAGGAGGAGUGCCGCGCAGCCAGGGCAGAACAAGCUGCUGUCACCUCUGAAUUUGAGAGCUACAAAGUCCGAGUUCACAACGUUCUAAAACAACAGAAAACUAAGUCUGUGUCUCAGACGGAGACCAACGGAGCCAAACAAGAAAGAGAUCAUCUGGAAAUGCUGAUUGACCAACUAAAGAUCAAAUUACAAGACACCCAAAAUAACUUACAGAUCAACGUCUCUGAACUGCAGACCUUGCAGUCUGAACACGACGCCCUACUAGAAAGACACAACAGGAUGCUGCAGGAGACCGUGUCCAAGGAGACCGGGCUCCGAGAGAAGCUGUGCGCCGUGCAGUCGGAGAACUCCGCGAUGAAGUCUGAGCAUGCACAGACCGUGAGUCAGCUCUCGGCCCAGCACGAGGCCCUGCGUGGCAGCUUCCGAGACCAGGUGCUGCAGCUGCAGGAGGAGCACCGGCGGACGGUGGAGACGCUGCAGCAGCAGCUGAGCAGGCUGCAGGCCCAGCUCUUCCAGCUCCGGAGCGAACCGUCCACAAGAAGCCCAGCUUCUUCCCAGCAACCUUUGAGGAGCCUUCGAGAAAGGAGAAGCACAGACCUCCCGCUUCUGGAUGUGCCGGCCACGACCCGGGAGGAGGGGGAGGGGAUGGAGACCACGGACACCGAGUCCGUAUCUUCCGCCGGCAUCCACCCGCGGUCCUUAGAGCAGCUGCUCCGUUCUCCCGAAGCCAGACUCGAGCCUCCUUCCUGGCACGCUGAAUUCACCAAAGAAGAAUUGGUUCAAAAGCUCAGUUCCACCACAAAAAGUGCCGACCACUUAAACGGGCUGCUUCGGGAAACAGAAGCCACCAACGCCAUCCUCAUGGAGCAGAUUAAGCUUCUGAAGAGUGAAAUAAGGCGGCUGGAGAGGAACCAGGCACGAGAGCAGUCGGCCGCCAACCUGGAAUACCUGAAGAACGUGCUGCUGCAGUUCAUCCUCCUGAAGCCGGGAAGCGAGCGGGCGCGGCUGCUGCCCGUCGUGGACACGAUGCUGCAGCUCAGCCCCGAGGAGAAGGCCAGGCUGGCCGCCGCCGCCCAAGGUGAGGAGGAAAAUGCUUCCCGUUCCUCCGGCUGGGCGUCCUAUCUGCACAGCUGGUCUGGACUUCGAUAGACCGAUGGGAAAAGCAUUAUUUAUUAACCAAAUAGAAUCCAUUCGGCAAAAAAGGUUCACAUAUAUGUCUGUCGUUCUUUUGUCCAGAAGCGUGUGUACAUAAGUCACGUCUCCGUGUGUGUGUCCGUACGUGUGUCUGAUGGGUUUAAAAGGCUCGGCCCGCGGUGAACUCCAGCAGGUGGAGUGUGGGAGGGGCCGCGGCCCAGGGACCCUGCCCCUCCCGCUGCCGCCAGACCCAGGGGCCACGAGGCCACCCCACUCCCUCCUCCGGACCCUCAGGCCACCUGUCGGGGCCGCACUGUGAAUUCUGAAGUUAAACUAGAUUUCGGUCCUGUACCAGCUGGGAUUCAGGCUUUUAAAAUAAUGUUUGAAGACCAUUUAUCGCAAGGUCAGACUUGCAGAUAGAUUGUUAUUAGUGACAAAUGAUGAGAGAAAAUUUGUGAGUUAGAGUGUGAAGGAAAACGCUUUAUCAGUAACGCUGACGUCUUUAUUACGGGAAUGUAAAGUGAAUGUGCUGCCGUUUGUUACGAGACUAAGUUAAAAUGUGAUUCAUUUCGUUAUUUCCUUUCAAAUGAGCUGUUCUUUUUUCUCUGAAGUGUAUUACCUCAAAACCUGUUCUGGGGUCAGAUCAUAAGCCCUUGGUCGCCACGUUCCCGUGGGGGUUGGUGGGGGCCCGGGGCCCUGCCCAGGCUCCUGCUGUGCUUCAGCUGCUUCCACGCCAGGAGUCUGGCGGGACCCGGGCCGCCUCCACAGAUGACCGUUCACCGGGGCGCCGGCUUGCGGCUCCGCGUGCUCCCGGCCCCAGCGGACAGGUUGCUGCGUGCUGCAUGGGGCCCUGGGAGGUCGCACAGCCCCGAGAGAAGCUCUAGGUGCGGGUCACCUGCCUGGGCGCCUCUGAAUAUUCCAUGGAGCCCAUCAAACACGUGUCCUUAAAUCAUAAACGUGAGAAUGCUAGUUGCAGUAUUUCUUUGUGGAAAAAUCGCCUCACAGUAGCUCUGGGGAGCUCUCUUAGCUUCCAGUUCAUACGCCGAUCUUCAGUCUCAGCUGGUGAACUGACUUUGUACUUUGGUGACUGGGAACUUUGGUUUCCAAUUUAAUUUAACUGAAAUUUGCUGCUGACAUGUUGAGUUUGUUCUUUAAACAAAAAUCUCAAUGUCUGUCUUUCCUCCUGUUUUAGAAGAACAGACCUACUAGUGAAUGUAUUAAUGAAAUGCAUCUAUUUCAGAGCUGGCUUUAAAAGUUUAAGUUUAGUUUUUUCCUUUCUAAGCUGUGAAUAUGAGUAUGCCAGCAGUAUGCACUAUAACUGUCACAGUAUUUAAAUAAAUUUCACUGUCUCUGCAAGUCCAGGCCUCUUUGAAGUCUAUAAAAACUUGUUUUGAAAUAUAUUCUCUGCCUAUGGACAUCAUAACAAAAAUGCCUUUUAGCAAGAUAAAAAAUAUAUUACUUUGAUUACAAAAGGGGUAUCCUUCCCUGGUUUCAGCAAUGAGAGGAAAUGUAAUGAUUAUUUUAAUAUUUCUAUUAAACGUGUUGCAUUGUUACGCCUGCUCAUCUUCAAUUAACCGAGGUCUCCUGGGCAUUUUGAGAUGCUUUAUGAAAUGAACCUUGGGUUCCUUCUCUGCUGUCUUUACCAGUUGGGACCUCGGACCCUGGGUGCUUGGAGGAAUGCAGGUCGCCCUUUGGGUCCGUGGUGCCUGCCGCAUCUGACACCCAGCUGAAACUCAGGCCACCUUGGCCUUUCCGUGGGCACCUCUCAAGUUCCGGCCUCUGUGGUGUGAGGGUUUCUUGUACAGCGAACUCUGCUUAUGCUGCAGUCAGCGUAAUUGGAGAAUUACAUUCCUUUAGGCAGAAGUGGACUACUCACUAGCAGUGCCGUGUCCUUUACCCCCAUCAGCCAAUGAUGAAUCUAAUAGUUCCCAUGAAGAUACAGCAACGUUGCUGUUUGGUAAACAGAGCACACAAACGCUCAUGUUUGAUUA